AUGUUUUUCCUCUCUUAUAAAUGGCUACACCGGCGUGUUGCUCAAUUGCAUUUUGGACAUAGCCUGUCAUUCAUUUGUUUUCUUUCUCUUGUUUCUUGCAGCUUGCCAUUGCCUCCAUUUCUUUCUCUCUCUUUCUUUUUUACAUUUUCCUUUACGAAAUUCUGUCCUUACAGUUGGUCAUUCCUAUCUUUCUGUCUUAGCUUCUCAUUGUUUGCUCUCUUUUCUAUUCUCAGCCUGACAUUAUGUCCUUUCCGUUCAUACGGUCUUGAUGUUGUCACUCAUUUCUUACUUACUUUUCUAUUCUUACAAAUUUCCAUACAUUCCUUUCUUUCACUCUUAAUUUUUUUCGUCUCCUUUCUUUCCGUUAAUUCUGUCUAUCAUUCUUUCCUUCUCUUCCUUACUGUUGUAAUAAUUUGCCAUUCCUUUAUUUCCUUCUUGAGGUUUUUCUUUCAUUCUUAUCCAUCCGUUUUUACAGUUUCUUAUUUCUUUUAUUUCUUUCUUUCUCUAAUUUCAUUCCGACUUUUACAGUUUACCAAUUUUUCUUCUUCCGUUCCUUUCUUCAUAUCUCCCUACUGUUAUUUUCAUAUCACAUCCAAUUCCAUAAACCUGUCUGAUUCAUCUUUCUAUCUUCUUCCCUUAACAUUUUAA